AUGACAACCUCAGCACUGCGGCGCCAGGUGAAGAAUAUCGUGCACAACUACUCGGAGGCGGAGAUCAAGGUGCGCGAGGCCACCAGCAAUGACCCAUGGGGCCCACCCAGCUCACUCAUGUCAGAAAUCGCCGACCUGACCUUCAACACGGUGGCUUUCGCCGAAGUCAUGGGUAUGCUGUGGCGGCGGCUCAAUGACAGUGGCAAGAACUGGCGGCACGUGUACAAGGCGCUGACGCUGCUGGACUACCUGCUCAAAACGGGCUCUGAGCGGGUGGCCCACCAGUGCCGUGAGAACCUCUACACCAUCCAGACGCUCAAGGACUUCCAGUACAUCGACCGUGAUGGCAAGGACCAGGGCGUCAACGUGCGUGAGAAGGUCAAGCAGGUGAUGGCGCUGCUCAAAGACGAGGAGCGCCUGCGGCAGGAGCGCACCCAUGCCCUCAAGACCAAGGAGCGCAUGGCUCUGGAGGGCAUAGGCAUCGGCAGUGGGCAGCUGGGCUUCAGCCGACGCCAUGGCGACGACUAUGGCCGUUCCCGUGGGUCCCCAUCUUCCUACAAUUCUUCCUCCUCAUCCCCCCGCUACACCUCCGACCUGGAGCAGGCCCGGCCCCAGACGUCAGGAGAAGAGGAGCUGCAGUUGCAGCUGGCCCUGGCCAUGAGCCGUGAGGAGGCCGAGAAGCCGGUCCCUCCGGCCUCCCACAGGGAUGAGGACCUACAGCUUCAGCUGGCCCUGCGCCUGAGCCAGCAAGAGCAUGAGAAGGAAGUGAGGUCCUGGAGAGGAGAUGACUCCCCCAUGGCCAAUGGUGCAGGGGCUGCAGUCUGCCGCCAUCGGCGAGACCAAGAACCCCAGGGAGAAGAGAGAAAGGAGGAGAAGCUGAAAACCAGCCAGUCCUCCAUCCUGGACUUGGCCGACAUCUUCGCACCCGCCCCAGCCCCACCCUCCACACACUGCUCUGCUGACCCAUGGGACAUCCCAGGUCUCAGGCCAAGCAUAGAGCCAGGUGGCUCCUCCUGGGGGCCUUCUGCAGACCCCUGGUCUCCAGUCCCCUCAGGAAAUGCCCUCUCCCGAAGCCAGCCAUGGGACUUGCCCCCUACGCUCUCCUCCUCUGAGCCCUGGGGCUGGACCCCAGUGCUACCUGCCGGACCCCCCACUACAGACCCCUGGGCACUGAACUCCCCCCACCACAAACUCCCCAGCACUGGGGCCGACCUUUGGGGGAGCCCUAGAGAGACCUCCAACACACCCGGUAACGGUACCUUGACUUUCGAUCCAUUUGCCAAACCUCCAGAAUCCACAGAAACCAAGGAGAGGCUGGAGGGUACCCAGGCCCUGCCUUCUGGAAAGCCCAGCAGCCCUGUGGAGCUGGACCUGUUUGGAGACCCUAUUCCCAGUUCCAAGCAAAAUGGCACAAAGGAGCCAGACACCUUCGACCUGGAUAUGCUGGGAGAAGUGCUGACGCAGCCUAGCAAAGAGGCCCGAGCGUGCCGGACUCCUGAAUCCUUCCUGGGCCCUUCGGCCUCUUCCCUGGUCAACCUUGAUUCAUUGGUCAAGACACCCCAGGCUGCAAAGACCCGGAACCCCUUCCUGACAGGUCUCAGUACCCCGUCCCCCACCAACCCGUUCGGCGGGGGUGAGCAGGGCCGACCAACCCUGAACCAGAUGCGCACCGGGUCACCAGCGCUGGGCCUGGCGGUGGGAGGGCCCGUCGGGGCUCCUCUGAGCUCCAUGACCUACAGCGCCUCCUUACCCCUCCCGCUCAGCAGCGUGCCGGCCGGCGUGACCCUCCCCGCCUCGGUCAGCGUCUUCCCCCAGGCUGGCGCCUUCCCGCCGCCGCCACUGACAAACCUACCGCAACCCCUGCUGCCCAAGUCGGGCUCCACGGGGCCGCUGAACCCGCCCCCGCAGACAGGCUCCAACCCCUUCCUUUGA